CGAGGAGAAGUCGCAUUAAAGAUCAAUCUUGUAGCGUUACUCUUACAGUCCACGGCACAUGUUCCUCAGACGAUCCAGAAUGGUGCAAUCACUGUCGGAAGUCGUCAAGAGCGCUUGCAAGCCGCUACCGGAGAUCGAGAGCAAGUCGUUCGGCUCAUUCUUCGAUAUAUUCGCCAAUUCAAGAGUGGUGCUCAUUGGCGACGCUAGCCAUGGAACCUCAGAAUUUUACCGCGCCCGAGCAGCCAUCACCAAGCGACUCAUCGAGCAACACGACUUCAACAUCGUCGCGAUCGAGGGCGAUUGGCCAGACUGCCGCGUAAUCGACGACUAUGUACGCCAACACCCUAGCUCGAAGGGCAAGACGCCGAUACCGGUUUUCAAACACUUCCCCGAGUGGAUGUGGCGCAACGAAGAGAUGCAAGGCUUCGUUGACUGGCUGCGCGCCCAUAAUGAUGGAAUACCUUUGGAGAAGCGAGCAGCACUCUGCGGGCUAGACCUAUACAGUAUGGGUGAGAGUAUCAAGGCUGUGAUCCAGUAUCUGGAGAAGGUGGACCCGGAGCUGGCGCAAGACGCGAGGAGACGAUAUGGCUGUCUGCAGCCGUGGGUCAAGGAUCCAGCGAUGUAUGGACGAGCAGCCAUGCACAAGGGCUACGCGCCUUGUGAGUCUGGUGUCGUCAAGAUGCUCAAGGAGCUCCUCGAGAAGCGUAUCGAACUCUCCACCAAAGUCCAGAACGGAGAGAACUUCCUCGAUGCGGAGAUGAACGCCCGGCUUGUCCGUGAUUCGGAGAGAUACUAUCGGAGCAUGUACUGGUCCGACGAUUCGUCUUGGAAUCUGCGAGACACGCAUAUGUUCGAAACGCUCAAGAGGCUCUUGAAGGUCAAGGGCGGAAAGGCAGUCGUCUGGGCGCACAGCUCUCACCUAGGCGAUGCGCGAGCUACAGGUAUGGGUUCCACCAGGGAUGAACUCAACCUAGGCCAGCUCUGCCGCGAGAACUUCUCCAACCCGGGCGAGGUCGCCAUCAUUGGCAUGGGAACACACGAUGGUGAGGUCGCUGCUGCGGAUGCUUGGGACGAGCCCAUGCAAGUCAUGACCGUCAACCCUUCUCGAAAGGAUAGUUGGGAGCGUGUCAUGCACGACACGGGUGUUCCAUCUUUUCUGCUGGACAUGCGGAGCGGAUACCAGAAAAAAGAGGUAAGGCAGGCGCUGGAGCAGGAGAAGCUGGAGCGAUUCAUUGGCGUGAUCUAUCGACCCAAGACGGAGCGGUGGAGCCAUUAUGUCGAGUCGAUCUUGUCAAGGCAGUUCGAUGCGUAUGUCUGGUUUGAGAGGACAAGCGCGGUGAAGCCUUUUGAGAUCGAGCAACCGGACGAACCAAAUUCGAGGAGCGAGACGUAUCCAUUUGGAUACUAGUGGACAAGGUGGACUUGGUUUCACCCGGCGCUUGAAGGGCCUCGAAGGGAAAACAUGAGCGGAUGGGGAAAUAGGGCUCUAUUGUAUUUUUAGUGUGCAUGUGCAUGUCAAGAGGGACAAAUCUUCCUCGCAUAGGAGCUAUAAGAUUUCGAGCUGUUCAUCAGGUCAA